CAGGAAGCAGGAAAAGCAGCUGUUGCUAAAGGUCUCCAGCAUGGCGGGCAGACGGGCUCUGAAGGCCGUGCUCAUCGACCUGAGUGGAACUCUACAUAUAGAAGACACAGCGGUGCCUGGGGCGCAGGAUGCCCUGAACAGGUUACGGCAGGCGUCUGUGGCUGUGAAGUUUGUGACCAACACAACAAAGGAGAGCAAGAGGAACUUACUGGAACGACUGCAGCGUCUCAACUUCAACCUCCAGGAAAAAGAGAUCUUCACUUCACUGAGUGCAGCGAGGAGUUUGUUAGAGCAGAAACAACACAGGCCGCUGCUGCUGGUGGAGGACAGCGCACUGGAAGACUUCACUGGCAUUGACACAUCAGAGCCAAACGCCGUCGUCAUUGGACUCGCUCCAGAUCACUUCAACUACCAGACACUCAACAAGGCUUUCAGAAUGAUUCUGGAUGGAGCUCCUCUCAUCGCCAUCCACAAAGCUCGGUACUACAAACGGAAGGAUGGUUUGGCCCUCGGCCCCGGGCCCUUUGUGACGGGACUUGAGUACGCCACAGACUGUAAGGCUACUGUGGUUGGGAAGCCGGAGGAGACGUUUUUCACACAGGCUCUGUCUGAUGUAGGAUGUAGCCCAAAUGAAGCUGUCAUGAUUGGAGAUGAUGCCAGAGACGAUGUGGGCGGGGCUCAGAACGCAGGAAUGUUGGGAAUUCUGGUCAAAACCGGUAAAUACAGGGAAGGGGAUGAGAAUAAAAUCAACCCUCCUCCCCACCUGACAUGUGACAGUUUCCCGGACGCUGUGGAGCACAUCCUGAAGAACCUGCUAUAAGCUGUUGGUAUCAACAGAAUCUUUCAUUUGCACUUGAAAAGACUCCAGUCAUCACUGCUGCAGACUGCUGGUGUUUUAACAGUCGAGGGAAGAGGUUUGUAAGUUGUUCCCCUCACCCCCUCAGCCUGAAAACUAACCAUCCCAUAAGUCUGUCCCAAAAUCAAAAAGACACAUUUACAGAAAAAUGUCCAUUUGAGUGUGGGACCACUUAUCUCUAUACGUCCAGUAAAAGUUAAGCAUGCACUUCAGAAGUAGCCACCAGCUGUUGCCACAAUAGCAAAUGUCUUCCCAUUAUAUACAGUGUAACAGUGUAUAAAUAUAACUUUGAAUAAAAAAUAAUC